AUGCGCUUGACCACCUCCAGGGGAAGUGACCAGACGACUCGCCCUGCUUUCGCUGCAUCGGCAAAUGAGAGAGCCUGGUACUAUUAUGGCAUUACAGACGACGGCGACCAAUCCGAGUUGCUCUACCGCACGAGCUGGGAGAAGGAACCAUGGGUGACCCCGACUGGCAGAUUCACGCAACCCCCCCUCAAGUUUGCUCGUGCAGUCCAUAAUACGCCUCUCAACAAGAAGAGCUAUUCCAUCAGCACCGCCCGCUUCCUUACUAUCCCCGAUGGUGAAGACGUUAAAGAGGGGACACUCGGUCCUGUCGUCAUCUGGAUUUCCGUCCAUCCCGGCUCCACUUCUGUUGAAACUGCGCACGAGAUAUCCCAGAAAAAUCUCAAAAUUCUCGCUGGCAACGGCGUGGAUGAGGUUGAAGUUGAGUGGUGCGAGGGUGUCACGUCUCGGCUGACCGCUUCGGCCCUGCUUCCGGUGACGAGACACGAUGGGACCGUCGACGACGUCCAGGGCACUGGCGGGUUUUACUUUCAUGAAGUCAUCGACACGGAUGACAAUCCCAGCGACAAAGUUCUCCUCGUAACGAACCAUUAUGUUGUCUGUGAAAUCGAAAACAAGAAGUAUGACUACAGAGGCACCAGCCUGCUUCACCCAAAGAUCCGGAUCUGCGGGCCCCGCCGCUUCCAACGCGGUCUCGACGAGAUCAACUCUGCAACUAUUUCCGAGGGUAUUGAUGCUACGGAAGUUGGCGAAUCUAUCAAGGAGCCCAAUGCCCAAAGGGAGCGCGGGGAUUGGACGGAGGCUGACGCCAAAGAACUCAGGAAAUACCUUGCGAAACUGGACGAACACGAAGCAGCCAUGUUAGAGUUGGGGCAGCUCUACUCGGAGCUGACGACGAAUUGGGCGGACAUUACCCGUCCCACCAUCGGGGCACUUGAAUACUCCCCCCCAUCUCGAUUGACGUGA